UUGGUUCCAUAAACUUUAAAGUUAAGAAGUGAAGGAGCUCAUUUCGCUUUGGCGCUUGAGCACCGCGUCGACCGCGGGUACUUUCAAUUACUAUUAUUAUUAUUAUUAUUAUUAUUAGCGACAGUACCGCGCUAUUCGAUUUAAUUUUUUUGGUAGAACGAGUCGUGUUGGUUUUUGGGUGCCGAGAUAGUAUCCAGAUUGUCUUUUAGUUGGUAGCAGUAUGGAUUUGGAGCAUCUGAAUAGACUGGUGAGGGAGGAGCAAGCCUUUUGGAAAAAUAUAACUCACUAUCAUAAUACUACCAUGAAGGAUCUUCCCUUUCUGGCAAGAGUGGUGGCUGAAAGGUACACGGCUCUCACCAUCAACCAGAUCGAUAAAAUCAGCGAUCCCAGAACGUCCAAAUGGCCCCUUAUAGAAACCCCAAUUCCCACAGUAGUGAUCGUAUUGAUGUACCUGUACAUCGUACUAUGGUUAGGCCCCCGUAUCAUGGCCAACCGUAAACCGUUUAAACUAAAAGAGGUGCUGAUCGUUUAUAACGCCGCCCAAGUACUCUUCAGUUUGUAUAUGUUUUAUGAGCAUUUGGCCAGCGGAUGGUUUUGGGACUACAGCUUCAAAUGCCAACCGGUCGAUUAUUCUGCAAACGAAAAAGCGAUGCGGAUGGCGAAGCUGUGCUGGAUCUAUUACGUCUCGAAGCUGACCGAGCUCGCUGACACCAUCUUCUUCGUGAUGAGGAAGAAGGACAGUCAGAUAUCGUUUUUGCAUGUCUACCAUCAUAGUUUGACCCCCUUAGAAACUUGGUUCUUGACCCGAUUUAUUGCUGGUGGUCAUGGAACUCUACAAAAUCUGAUCAACAAUCUCGUCCAUACCAUACUCUACUUCUACUAUAUGGUGGCCGCCAUGGGACCAGAAUACCAAAAGUACAUUUGGUGGAAAAAGCACUUAACGACCAUUCAGCUUAUCCAGUUUGUUAUAGUGUUCUUCCACGCCGCACAGCUGAUGACAAACGACUGUGGCUACCCCAAACUGAUGGCCUAUGGUAUCAUGAUCCAAUCGGUUAUCUUUUUCAGUCUGUUCUCUAACUUUUAUUAUCAGUCCUUUAUUAAACCACGAACGGUCAAGAAACCGGUUGAAAAUGGUACCGAGAAGAAGACUAUCAAAGCGGAAUAAGUUCAGUUCAUAGUAAAUUUUUAUUAUAAUAAUUGGGUUUCUGACAUUUAUUUUUAAUUUAUUUAAACUAGUCAUAGUGUUGGUUACGAUGAUUAAGAGUUGAUACACCUUGUAUAUUAUUCACGAUUAACCAAAGAUUAGACAAAUCUUGGUAUAAUACGAUGGUCAUUGUAAUCUACGUCCCUAAAGUAUUUUUUUGUAAAUAUUAUUAUUAUCCUUAAUAUGGUGUACAAAUGGUGUUCUAUAUAGUUGAUAGGCGAUGCUCGAAUAUGCAUACUUGCCAGGAUAAAUUUUGUAUAAAGUAUAACGUAGGUGAUAUCUUUUAUAUCAGCUUAACUUAAUUUAAUAAUAGAUCCAAAUGAAAAAUGUACUAAAAAUAUUGCUCAAUAUAUUAUUUUGAUUGGAA